AGGUAUCUUUGGACAUGAUUUCUUAACUUAUGAUCAAGAUAAGGGUACGUGAAGACUGGGUUGAUUAUACAGUACGUUUCCGAGAAAGUAAACAUCAUAAUGAGGGAAUUGCUUAGUAUAUAUAAUGGUUGAGUGAGUGGAGUGAAAGCCAACAACCAAUAUAAUCAACAUCCAUUCCAAAGAUGGGAGUUAGAUACCAUACUAUAAUUGGUGCAUGUGCAUUCCUUUUGGUGGUGGCUGAACUUGCGCACUUAUGCUCGUGCGCAAGUUCAAGCCUCCACUUGCACUCUCCGUGUGUAGAACGCGAGAGGCAAGCUCUUGUGAAGUUCAAAGAAUCCUUGAUUGACCCCUCAAACUUGCUUUUCUCAUGGCAAGGUGUUCAUUGCUGCCAAUGGAAAGGUAUCGGCUGCGACAACGUCACUGGUCAUGUUGUCAAGCUUGAUCUCACCACUUCUUUUGAAAGAUGUCAGAGAUCCCAACCAUUUGGAGAUCAAUACAACUUUUGGGACACAUAUGAGAUAAUGGACGAUACUUGCAAAGAUUUAUACUAUGAUCGUGUAGAAGCUCUAAAUGUUAAUCCAUCUUUGUUGGAGCUGGAAUACUUGACUCAUUUGGACUUGGGUGGAAAUUUUUUCAGACACAAUCCUAUACCCAUGUUCAUUGGUUCUAUGCAACAAUUGAGGUAUUUGUCUCUCUCCAAUGCUGGUUUUGGUGGGAGAAUACCAAAAAAUCUUGGAAAUCUCACCAACCUGCACUUUCUUGAUUUGAGUGGGAAUGAAUUCUUGCCACCUUUGGACAUCAAUUUGUUUUCUGAACUGCGACUACUAGAACAUCUUGACAUGGGUAAUGUUUAUUUUGGCCAACCACAGAAUUUGCUCCAGGUUAGCAUUAACCUCACAAGUGCUCCUAAACUUCAGUUUCUCGGUCUUGCCGGCAACGGGCUUACAGAGUCGGCUCUCGAUGCUUUACAGAACAUGACAUCUCUUGUGCAUCUUGAUCUUUCAAAUAACUAUCUUACUUCAUUUCCAUCAUUGUCAGGCAACUUUGAGAAGCUGGAGUCUCUUGAUCUUUCAAAUUGUGGCCUUCAUGGUUCAAUUCCAAAUGCUUUCCAGAAUGCAACUUCCAUUGAAUUCCUCUCCUUUGGGGGGAAUAAUUUUGACUCUGCUCCACUCUGGUUCCACAAAUUUGAGAAAAUCAAGUAUCUUGAUUUCUCAUUUAACAGGUUUCGAGGUCCAAUACCUAAUGUUUUACAAAACAUGUCUUCUUUUGAGUCCCUUGACCUUUCAUUCAACUACUUCACUUCAAUUCCAUCUUGGUUUCACAAGUUUGAGAAACUUAAGCAUCUUGAUCUUUCAUAUAAUGGGUUUCGGGGUCCCAUUCCCAAUGCUUUACAAAACAUGACCACCAUUGAAUCUCUUGACCUUUCCAAUAACUCUUUCACUUCAGUUCCAUAUUGGUUUGUUGAGUUAAAGACACUUCUCAACCUUGAUCUUUCAGACAAUGAUUUAACAUUCAUGGAAUGUUCUAUCAAGUUAAUCUUGGGAAGGAUGUGUCAUUUGAAAAGGUUAGAUUUUACAAGAAACAAGCUUCGAAAAGAAUCGAUUGGGCACAAUGGGGAGUUGUCUACCUGCAUCAUACAUGAUUUGGAGAUCCUAAAUUUGGGUUAUAAUGAAUUUAAUGAUCAAUUGCCAUCUUGGAUAGGACAACUUGAAAAUCUAAAGUCCCUUGAUCUAUUUGCAAAUUUUUUCUAUGGUCCCAUUCCCUCUUCCUUUAACAAAUUACUGAAAUUGAAGUUGUUAGAUCUAUCCUAUAACAUGUUAGAAGGGGCCCUUCCUAAUUUUUUGGGACAACUUGAGAAUCUUACCUCCUUAAGACUUUCAAGUAAUAGUUUUAAUGGAACCAUACCUCAAAAUCUUAUUCAACUUGUAAAUCUAUUUGAACUUGAUCUUUCAAGUAACUAUUUGAAGGGACUCAUACCAAAAAAAAUUGGUCAACUUAUAAAUUUAGAAUAUCUUAUUCUUUCAAAUAAUUAUUUUGUAGGACCAAUUCCUGAAAGUCUUCUUCAACUUGUUGUCUUACGGGAACUUGAUCUUUCAAAUAAUAAUUUGAAUGGAACUAUUCCUACAAGUAUUAAUCAACUUGUAUAUUUGAAUAGCCUUGAUCUUUCAAGAAAUAAACUGCAUGGCAACUUUGAUCUUAGUCAAUUUGUGUAUUUGUCACACUUAGAUUUGUCUUCAAAUAAUUUGGAUGGUGCCAUUAUGGUGGGAAAUGAUUUGUCUUCAAUUUUACCAAAUAUGUGGUACUUGAAUCUCUCCCAUAAUCAAUUCAGUGGUCCACUUCCUGAUCAUUUUGGCCAAAUAAUGCCUUAUCUGAAUUUCUUGCUUCUUGGAAAUAACCUUUUAAAUGGUUCAAUUCCCAAUUCAUUAUGUCAAAUUGAACUAGGUAUCCUUGACCUUUCAAAGAACAAGCUAUCUGGUGAAAUUCCAAAUUGUUGGAAGGAUAAUGAAAGAUGGAAAGAAAUAAACUUGUCAUUCAACAAACUCUCUGGAGAUUUUCCAAGCUCAUUUGGGAACCUUUCUUCUUUGUUAUGGUUGCAUUUAAACAAUAACAACCUUCAAGGGGAGCUUCCAAUGAUUGUGAGAAAUCUAAAGCUGCUAUUGAUUUUGGAUGCUGGAGAUAAUCAACUUUCUGGCAGGAUUCCAUCAUGGACUGAACAGACGUUUCCUUCACUACAUGUUUUAAGGUUGCGAAAAAACAUGUUGAGUGGUAGAAUUCCUUCACAGCUAUGCAAUCUAUCAUCACUUAGAAUUCUGGACCUUUCCUUCAACAAUCUGUAUGGUUCAAUACCGUGGUGUAUAGGCAAUCUUCGAGGUAUGACUCUCAACAAAUCUACAACAAUUCCUUUUGCAGUAGCACCACCACGACCACAACCACCAUCACCACCUUCUUCCAAGCCAGAGUGGUCAAAGGAGGAUGUCAGAGAGGUCAUGAAGGGAAGAGAACUUGAAUACAUAAAAAUCUUGGAGCUUGUAGUCAUCAUGGACUUGUCAGAAAACAAUUUGGAUGACUCCAUUCCCAUUGGAAUAACUUUGCUUAAUGGAUUGCAUGGCUUGAAUCUAUCAAACAACUAUUUGAUUGGAGAGAUUCCUAACAUGAUAGGGAAUAUGAAAUCAUUGGAAUCGUUUGAUGUAUCUAACAACAAACUCUCAGGCUCAAUUCCAAACAGCAUGGCAGCUUUAACUUCCUUAAGCCAUUUAAACUUGGGACACAAUAACUUGUCAGGACCAAUUCCCACAAGCUACCAGUUUUCAACUUUUGACUCGUCUACUUAUGAUGGCAACCCAUUUCUCUGUGGACCUCCAUUGAUUAAAAUGUGUCCUGGCCAUGGUUCCGGCCAAGAUCUUCGAGAAAGAGAAUUCGAAGAUAAAGAUGAUGAAACAAAUAAGUUGGAAAAAUGGUUGUUCUUCUUAGUCAUUGCAAUUGGUUUUGCAACGGGGUUUUGGGGAGUUAUUGGAACUUUGUGGUUCAAGAAAAGUUGGAGGCAUGCUUACUUCAGAAGGGUGGAAGAUAUAGCUGACAUAAUCUAUGUGGUAACUAUGAUACGAAUGGCAAGGAACCGUGUUGAUAAUUGAUGUGUUUGUUUUCUUUUUUUCUGUCUUAUCCUAAAUGUUUUAGUGGCAAUUUCAACGUGGUUUGUUACAAAUGUAUGCAUUGGUUGUAAUUAAGGUUACCUUGUUUAUAAAUAAUCACAUUUUUCUGUGAAA